CCCAACAAUUGACUUUCUUGACUUGUUGAAUAACCUGUUAACAAAUGACAUUGACAAUGACGUGAUAUUUGAAUUAGAUUAUCAAAUUAGACUAAAGGAUUCACAAUUCCAUCUACCACCUUAUCAAAAACCAUAGCGAAAUGUCGCAACUUUACCACAAAUCAAUGUUAGCGCUUGACAAAGUCGUACCCCAGAAAUUUCAACCCUUAUGGCAACAUCCUGCAGGUCCUAAGACUAUAUUUUUUUGGGCACCUGUCUUCAAAUGGGGUUUGGUGAUAGCAGGAAUUGGUGAUUUGGCGAGGCCUGCGGAAACGUUGAGUGUAUCCCAAAGUGCAGCUUUAGCAGCUACGGGAGUCAUAUGGUCAAGAUAUUCUUUAGUUAUCAUCCCAAAAAAUUAUAGUUUGUUCAGUGUCAAUGUUUUUGUUGGCUUGACACAACUUAUACAAUUGUACAGAGCCAUAGAUUAUCAAAGGAAGCACAAAAAUAACAAUUGAAAUAUUUGCGCACAGCUAACUAGAUGAAUCUAAGAACAAAAAGUGGUUCAAAUAAAAAUCUAAAUAUUUUUAGAUGUGUAUAAUUGCCAAUUAAGGCCUCACCUAUUUUUGAUAAUGUGACGUUUUGGUAACUAAAUAAAAAAUAAAGUACAAA